CAACAACACAAGACAAGACAAGGGAAGGGAGACGAGAGCACUCCUUGACGGGAUCCCCGACAUAGAUUGGAAGGCAAGCUGGGUGACAUAAUGAUGUUGCUGGGAGAAGCAGCACUCCCACGGGUUGGGGUUGACAGCUGGGGUUUAUUCAUUACAACAAGUCUUUUGCAAAACGUUUAUUAAACGGACGCAAACGUAACGUGGAGGGCCCUACCUGCGUUUGUCCAAUAGAAACUCUCGUUUUAGUUGCAAAACAUUUGGUUUUGGACUCAUGAUUACAGCCCUGAUGUGAGGAGUCCCAUUUCAUACAUCGCAUGGAGAACAGUUGUUCGGUUCAGCAGUGAUGCCACACCGAAUUGGACCAUAUUCAGAAUAAUCGGAUGCUCCAGAUUGAAGCAGUGGAUGGUUUGGAAUUGAGAUUUGAUGCCUGCAUUCUAUGAGUUUUUUUUAGUGCUCUGACAUUUGCCUUUUGACAUGCACUCAACAAAUUUGUUUCUUACAGGGCUAAUCAAGGCUCCAAGAAUGAAUGUUUUUUAAACUUAUUGCAUAGUUCAAAGUUGUUGGAGGAGCUUUGUUAAGUUGUUAGUUUAGUUGGCUUUGAGUUGCCAACUUGUUCCAGCACUGUAGCCUACGACUGCAAACAAAGGAAAAUAGGUUUUCUUAUCCUGUGAUCGGAUCUACUGUAGUUAUAAAAUUCCACUUCAUGUUAAGUAAAAAAAAAUGUGUUCAUGGAUAACAUUUGGUAGUACGCAAUGUAUAGACCAAUACUUUAAUCUUUCACCUCCGUGGUCAAUACUCAUGGAGUCAGUAUCACAUUGACAGGACUUACUGAUUUAACAAAUCGAAAUGACCUGAAUGUGUGCCUUUGAACUUUUAUGCAAUCUUCUACGAAAUCACCACUGGCCAACCAUGUUAUUUAGAUAAUUUGGUGAUCAACAACUGAUCAGACUAUUUUCUUAAAAACGUAUGGGAACAAACACCUAAAUAGACUACCAAAACGUCAAAUAAUAUGCAGCGUCUGUUCCACGGUGCCGACACGAGUUUGCCUGCAGCGGAGUGGAAGCGCUCAUAGCUGGACCACCAUUCUUUCCAAAAGGCGCGACCUACAGGAUUCUUAUACCUCAUCGUGGAACGAGUUGCGGUCAGCAGGCAUGUUCGCCGCAGUGGAGCAUGGCCCCGUCCUGUGCAGCGACUCCAACAUACUCUGCCUGUCAUGGAAGGGCCGGGUACCCAAGAGCGAGAAGGAGAAGCCGGUGUGCCGGCGGCGCUACUAUGAGGAGGGCUGGCUUGCCACAGGGAAUGGGAGAGGGGUUGUCGGGGUAACGUUCACAUCCAGCCACUGCAGAAGGGAUCGGACUACCCCACAGAGGAUCAACUUCAACCUGAGAGGACACAAUAGUGAGGUGGUGCUGGUGCGAUGGAAUGAGCCCUUUCAGAAGCUGGCCACUUGUGACACAGACGGAGGGAUCUUUGUGUGGAUCCAGUACGAGGGCCGCUGGUCUGUGGAGCUGGUCAACGAUCGCGGGGCUCAGGUGAGUGACUUCACCUGGUCUCAUGACGGUACCCAGGCUCUCAUCUCUUACCGUGAUGGCUUUGUCCUGGUGGGCUCGGUCAGCGGCCAGAGACACUGGUCAUCAGAGAUCAACCUGGAGAGCCAGAUCACCUGUGGUAUCUGGACCCCCGAUGACCAGCAGGUAUUGUUUGGUACUGCGGACGGCCAGGUGAUCGUGAUGGACUGCCACGGGCGCAUGCUGGCCCACAUCCUGCUGCACGAGUCAGACGGCAUUGUCAGCAUGUCAUGGAACUACCCCAGCUUCCUGGUGGAGGACAGCAGCGAGAGCGACACAGACUCUGACGACUACACACCACCACAAGUCCAACGUUUGAAGCAUCUGCUGACAGUCAGCUUCACCUCUGGAGACAUCAGCCUGAUGAACAACUAUGAUGACCUCUCUCCCACUCUAAUCCACACUGGCCUAAAAGAUGUGGUAGUCCAAUGGUGUUCUCAGGGGGAUCUCCUGGCCGUGGCUGGGAUGGAGAGAGCUAUCUUGCCCCCCGACUCCUCCUGUCUACCUCCCACCAGAAACGCCAUCGUCAAGUUCUACAACGUCUGCGGAGAGCACAUCUACACACUGGACACGCCUGCACAACGUCCCAUCACCACGCUGUGCUGGGGUCACCGGGACUCUCGUCUGUUCUUGGCUUGUGGUCCGGUACUCUACGUGGUGCGGGUGGAGCACCGGGUGGCCAGCCUGCAGCUGCUGUGCCAGCAGGGCAUCGCCGGGGCACUCCGGGAGGAGAAGGACGUGGCAAAGCUCACCAUGCCCUCUCGUCUCUGUUCUUACGUCACCACAGCCUUCACACCCACCAUCAAGCCCCCCAUUCCAGACCCCAACAAUAUGCGUGACUUUGUGAGUUACCCGACGGCGGGGAACGAGCGGCUGCACUGCACCAUGAAGCGGACGGAGGACAACCCUGAGGUGGGCGGGCCCUGCUACACCCUCUACCUGGAGUACCUGGGCGGCUUGGUGCCCAUUCUCAAGGGCCGACGCAUCAGCAAGCUCCGUCCCGAGUUCGUGAUCAUGGACCCCAAGACGGACGGCAAAGCAGAUGAGGUGUAUGGGAACAGUCUGAUCUCGUCGAUGAUAGACAGCUGUAACUGUUCAGACUCCAGUGAUAUAGAGCUGAGUGACGACUGGGUCGGCAAGAAAUCCCCAAAGAUAUCCAGAGGCAGCAAGUCUCCCAAACUUCCCAGGAUCAAUAUUGACCCCAGGAAGUCCCCCAAACUGUCCCGCGCUACCCAGGAGAUCUCGCGGUCGCCACGGUUACCCAUCCGGAAGCCGUCCAUUGGGUCCCCAAGUCUCACCCGCAGAGAGUUCCCCUUAGAUGACAUCACACAGCAUAACUACCUUGCUCAGGUCACAUCCAACAUUUGGGGAACAAAGUUUAAGAUUGUGGGACUUGCCACCUUCUUGCCAACCAAUCUUGGUGCAGUGAUCUACAAGACAAGUCUGCUCCACCUGCAGCCCAGACAGAUGACCAUCUACCUGCCGGAGGUGCGUAAGAUCUCUAUGGACUACAUCAACCUGCCUGUGUUCAGCCCCAACGUCUUCAGUGAGGAUGAGGAUGACCUGCCUGUCACCGGGGCCUCGGGCGUGGCCGACGACAACCCUCCCUGCACUGUCAACAUCCCCAUUGCCCCCAUCCACAGUCCCGCCCAGGCCAUGUCCCCCACCCAGAGCAUCGGCCUGGUCCAGUCCCUCCUAGCCAAUCAGAACGUCCAGCUGGAUGUCCUAUCCAAUCCCACGGCCAUCUCCUCCGUGGCUUCUGCAGUGGCAGGGGGGUCGUCUGACCAGGGCCAGGACACCAUCCUGACCGCCCAGUACACGGUUCCCAGCAGGUACUCCAGUCCUGGACAGCAGCACCAUCAGAUGCAGCAACAGCAGCAGAUACAACAGCACCAUCAGAUGCAGCAACAGCUCCAGAUCCCUGUCCCCUCUCAGGUGUCAGGUGCAGCGGUGCACCAGCUCCAACAGAGCGCGCUCCAGAUCCCUGUCCCCCACCCUGCAGGGGGGCUGGUGGCUGAGAGAAGGGUCAGCGUAGAACAUGAGCACCUGCUGAAGAUCAAACCCACCCGCUCUGCCCCCCAGCUGGCUGAGGGGGACACGGUGGUGUUCAGCGCCCCUCUGGAGCUCAGCAAGAUGAACCCCCCGCCCCCCUACCCUGGGACGGUGGCCGCUGCUGCAGCCUCCGCCUCUGCUGCAGCAGCCAACGCCUCCUCUGGACAGGCUGGGGGAAGUAACGGCACACCGCCGCCAAUGGACCUGUGCCUGAAGAAGGGCGAGUUCUCCCUGUAUCCUCCUGGCCAGCAGGCGGCACAGUACCCAACGCCGCUAGGCUACGAGCGGAUAACUACGUUCGACAGCAGGGGUAACGUGGAAGAGGUGUGCCGGCCUCGAACGCGGCUUGUCUGCAACCAGAACAUUUACACGCUCCAGGUCCCGGGAAGCUCAGCCACCCUCCGGGUUACCUCCUCUUCUUCCUCUUCCUCAACAGACGGGAAGAAGAUCCAGCUGCCCUACGCCUCGGCAACCCUCAACAGGCUCACCGUUCCCCGCUAUUCCAUACCCAGUGGAGAUCCGCCCCCCUACCCCGACACAGCCAAUCAGAACACCACAGGGGGGAGGAGCACCGGACAGAGGCUGGACAGCAGUCUGAUUCAUGCCACACUCAGGCGGAACAGCCGAGAGGCCGCUCUCAAAGUUUCCCAGAUGCUGGACCCUCAGAGGACCCUGCCCCCUAAAGCCAAAUCCCAAAACGCUGCACUGGCGGCUUCCUACCAACAGAGGGUGCCCAAAGCCCUGUACACCUGCAGUCAGUGCAGUAGUAACAGCAGUGGGCUUAGCAGUGCAGCCAGCAGUGCUCCCAGUGGAACUGCGAAUGGAAUCGCAGGAGGUACAAUCAUUAGACAGGAUUUUCCUCCGGGGAAUGGAGCUCCUCACAGCACGGUGAUCGUCCACUCCAACAGCGCUUCUCCCCUAGUCUCUCAAUCCUCCUACAACCUGCUGAGCCUAGAUAGCUCUGGGAAUGGAGGAGGAGGUGGGAACAGAGACAGGGCUGACUAUGUGAACUCAGCCUUCACAGAGGAUGAAGCACUAAGUCAGUCAUUGAGGCAUCUGGCACUAGGGAGCGCAGAUGUGUCUGGACUGACAGUCAAGAGGCCACCGCCGUACCAGUGGGACCCAGCCACCACUGAGGAGGUGUGGGUGCCCCAGGAACGGACCGGUACUCUGAGCUCUGCUGGUCCCACUGGACCCCACAAACCACCCCCGCUCAUCCUCAGCCCAGCCCAGCACCUCGACAUCUCCCGGCUGCCUUUCAUCCUCUCCCCCAAGUCCCCCACCAGCCCCAGUGCUGCCUCUUUCCAGGCUGCCGCUGCAGCUGCAGGUUACCAGAUCUCCCUUCAGUACGCUCCUGGCACAACCUACAGUGGGCCCCAGCAGCAGCCCAUGCCAGGCUCUCCCCGUCUCUGCUCCCCUAAGGAGGUGGUGGCCCCGGUCCCUUUCAACCAGCAGGAUGCCACCCUGGUCCUACCACCUGGCUAUCCAGCCAACCUGUCUAACCUGGCCUGCUGCCCCCUCCCUCCAAUGUACCCGGGGGGAAGCUCCUGUGCCGGGCUCCCCAUCCCCCCCAUUGCCCUACACACCCCCUGGGGCACCUACAACCCCUGCCCCCCCAUGCCCAGCCCCUCGGGGACACUGCCCCCCAUGCCCCCCAAGCUCUCUCAGACGAUGGUGGACAAGUCAGUCCUCUCUCCCCCUCCUCCCCCACCGCCUCCCCCUCCACCACCCCCAGCAGAGCUGCAGCUGCAGGGUCACGGUGGCUCACCAGAGGCCAUGGCAAUGGAGGCCGGAGAGGGCUUCCAGGAGGUCCUCUCCCUCAACGAGAGCCCUGUGCCGAGCAGUGCUGAGAAGUUUGGCAAGAAGAACCGCAAGCGGGCAGAUGGCAGGGCUGAGGAGGCCAAUGCACCGGCCAUCGCCGAGGGAGGCAAAUCCAAGAAGGAAGGCCGGGCCCUGGGUGACUUCAACUCUCUGAUCUCCAGCCCGCGGCUGGGCAGCAGGGAAAAGAAGAAGCCCAAAGGCCAGAAGGAGCAGCAGCUGAAGGCUAAGAAGCUGAGCAAGGCUCCCACAAACAGCGAGUUCCAGGACAGCUCAGAGAGUGAACCUGAGCUCUUCAUCAGCGGGGACGAGCUGCUCAACCAGUGCCAGAGCGGCAAGAAGGGCUGGAAGAGCAAGAGGAGCCUACGGGCGGCCAGCGAGCUAGAGGAGAUCAAGUGCCGCAAGGCCAAUGAGAAGGAGGACCGCGGGCUGGGAAGCCAGGGCUUUGUUUAUGUGAUGGCCAACAAGCAACCACUGUGGAAUGAGGCCACUCAGGUCUACCAGCUGGACUUUGGGGGACGUGUCACACAGGAGUCGGCCAAGAACUUCCAGAUCGAACUGGAGGGGAGACAGGUGAUGCAGUUUGGCAGGAUUGACGGCAACGCCUACAUCCUGGACUUCCAGUACCCGUUCUCUGCUGUUCAAGCCUUCGCAGUGGCUCUAGCUAAUGUUACUCAACGCCUCAAAUGAGGUCCCACCCCCUUACACUGAAUACUAGCGAGGAUUGGAACAUCUGCUGGAAGGACAAGAUUAUUUAAUUUGAAGUUACUUUAAUAUUGGAGGAAAGACUGAAAUCAACUCUGUUUGCAUAUCGCAUCGCAAGCGAGAAAACGAGACACUGUGGUGCUGCACUGCCCAAUGUGGCCACCAGAGGGUGCAAUAAGCAUGGGCUGCAGGCGUUGGAGCAGGGCCAUAGUUUGCCUUGGCACAGUCAGCGGUCCCCUGUACUGCUUACAGGGCCCAAGAGCUCAGCUUUCUGUAGUCGUCAUGCAAAUAAAUGCUGCUUUAGCUAAUGAAAGCUAGCUAGUGGAAAGACUUAACUUACAACCUUCUAACGGUUUGGGUUUCCUGUCGGUAUGGUCCCGAGAGAUGAGUCGUUCUCUCUGUGCGGUUUUAAAAAGGAGCAGCAGUAAUACUUGAAAAAACUAUCUGGAAGAUUGAAGAUGUCGUUUUUUUCUUUCCAGAGCGUACAGGUACUACUGGGCACUGAAAUCCGUUGCUGUAAGAAACCGUUAUCAUCACUUUAUAACACUGCUUUGGCUUUUAGGUUUUUACACCUAAAGAUCUAACUUUCUGGGAGGGAAAUCUAGGCUUUUGAAAUGUUAUUUUUUAGUUAUCUGCCAUGUGUUUUGUUACAAUCCAAAUCUAUCUUGGCUGGAUUUGAGGUUUCAAUAUAUGCAUUGUAUUGUUGGAGCACUAGCACACGCAAAUGCGCAAGUUUUCUGAUUUCCCUGUUGUCAGGAACUCUGGAGAGGUAAGGGGGAAAAAAGAUGUAAGCUGAACGGCAGUCCUUGGAAUUUGAAGGAAAAAAAGAUGAUGUAGCUCAUAUGGUUUAAUGUAUCUCUGCAUUUGUUUUUCCUCUUGUUACGAAUAGGUCAUACAGUAUUCAGAUAUGAAUUUUAACAUUGUAAUUGUUCUUCGUAUUCAUGUUGUUAUUAUACAAUCUUAGUACCUUGUUUACAUGGAUUUCAAGAUGUCUGCUUUAUUUGGGAGAGACAGAGACUUAAUUGAUAUGCUGUUCUGUACACUACAAAAUCGGUGUGUUUUAAAAUGGUUUUACAGAAUAGUUGUGACCGUUAUCCUGUAUCUCCCAUUUUUAUCAUGGUGACAUGUUGACGGGGACACAAACAAAGAUCCUAGAGGUAAGAGUUCACCAAUCCGACCUUUGUUUCCCUGACAUGAAGUAAUUUGUCACUUGCUGUCACUUCUGUGAAGUGAGCGUCAGCGUGUAGGCUUGUCCUACUCUUAAGCCCACACUAAAUGAGUAAGCAAGGUACAGGAAAUAUUUUUGUAUAUUUCACCUAUGCCAUUUCAUUAUUAUUAUUAUUAUUAUAAUUUUUAAGUCAUGUAAAUAACUGCCACAUAUCAUUCAUAAAUAUUGUAAAAUGAUCUGGUGGAGUUGGACAGCUGUUUUCAUCGUAGCCCACUAUGUUCCAUAUUAUGGCGGAGAGCUGUAGUACAGUAGUAGAACUAUAGAAAUACACUACAAUCCCUGAGAAACCUGACAUCUUUCAGUUUUUGAAGUUAACCUCAGCUUUCUCCUUAAUUAUCUUAACCUGUUAGAACUUGGCAAGCUGAAAUUGCAAUCUUUUAAGAUGACUAGUUUUUGUUAGACAUCCAGUCUUGGGUCUCUGCCUUGUGAACAGUCUGCAGGGCUGGGGAUGGAUGCUGGCACAAAAGCAGAUAGACACUUCAAAUAUUUGCGGAUUUAAGUGUGGUAAGAUACCUGUUAACAUCAUCCACAUUACUAAUUAUCAAACUAAAAUAUAUAUUUGAUGGAUGGUUAUGAUCACUUCAAAACGUGUGUGCCAAAAAAUUGAAUUACUACAAUUUGGAAGAUUAAUACAAAGGGGCCUAGAUCACUUGUGUGACAGAGAUCACUCCGGACCAGAUCCACACAUCAUGGUCUUGACAGCAAUGAGAUUAUUAGAUUAGAUUUUUCUUUCUUCCUCUGAGCUGCAUGUGAUAGUUGUUGGUUGGGGUGGGAUUAAGAUGGACCUGAUUCAAAGUAAAGAAAAGAAAAUUUCUUAAAAAUGUCCGUCAAUGUUCAUUUUGUGUUAACAAUUUUGUUGUGCAAUAUUUUCUAAAGAAAGGUCCUCCCCUCACCAACACUGUUUGACAACCCUUCACUUUCACACUAGUAGUGUGGGGAAACUAUGGUAUUCAAUUUAUUUUUGCUGGUCUACAUUUAUUUAUUAGAUUUUUUUCUUACGCUAAAGGCUGUACAUAACUUGUUGACUGCUGAACAUUUCUUUCUGUUGAAAGGGGUUUGUUACUGGUGUAGCCUAUUUGUCAG